AUCUGAUAUACUCUGCUGCUUAUCUGUAUCCAAACUCCUAAACAAUAGAAAAGCCACAUUUGACUGGUGCAAGAGAAAUGCCAGAGAAAUGGAAGGACCAGUGGGGGAAUGCUGCUAAGAGGUACAAGAAGAAAGCUGGGGAUGCCAACAAGAUCAACGCCCUCUUCAAGAGAUACAGCGCUGUGGGAAAUCUCAAGAGCCGCUGGCAGAGCUGGGCCUCAGAGCACACUGUUAACCAGAAACUGAACCCCUUCUGUAAAUAUUUCAACCAUGAUUACUCCAUGUCCCUUCGCCUCCAAAAGGGCGAAGAGGGUUACGUACGCCGCAAGGAGGGUACCAAAACUGCAGGGAAAGCCAAACGCGCUGAGCAACACAUCCACCGUGAGAUAGGCGACAUGUGUUUCGUGAUCAGGACUAUGGCUGACCAGAUGGAAAGACCCACGUUCACGUUUGGACAGUUGUUUGACAGAUAUGUUCGGAUCUCUGAUAAGGUGGUAGGGAUUCUGAUGAGAGCCAGGAAACACAGGAAGGUUGCGUUUGAAGGAGAGAUGCUGUGGCAAGGCCAGGAUGAGGGAGUGAUCAUUACUCUGCUGGUGUGA